GUGCAGCAACAAAGACCCAGCACAGCCAAAAAUAAAUAAAUAAAUUAAAAGAAGAAAAGGAUACUAGAAACAACUUACUUUUUCAUAUUAAGAGACUGGUUAAAUGUAUGCUGUAUUCGUACCACAGAAUCCGCAGCUGUUAGAAAGAAUGAGGUGGAAGAGUCUUUGGAGCUUUGGCGAAUGAUACUUGGAGUAACAGUUAGCUCCCAUGGAGAGCUUGCCGUGUGCCUGGCACUGCUCUGCCCUUUAUCCUGGUCGUCUUGUUUAGUCCUCGCAACGGCCCUGUGAUGGAGGAGCUAUUCUGAUGCACGUUUCAUAGAUACACUCAGGCACUGUGGCUUCGGCCCGAGUUCUUAACCAUGAUAGUAAAUAGCCAGGUGUAAAGCAUGACCCCACUGGCAGGUUUUAAAUAUAUAUACAUACAGCCUGUAAAUAGAAAAGACCGUUCAUUAAAACAUAGGAAUCUUACGAAAGAUGUCACCAUCUUUUCAAAGCUUAUUGGGGGAUGAGACGAAGGGAGGUGAGACUGGGCCUGUAGAGUCCCCCAGGGUCUCGGGCCCCCUUCUCCUUUCCCUGCCACACUUGGGCCUGCUUCAGGCCACGGGGCUCACAGAAGGGGUGUGGCCCAAGCCGACAAGGAGGCCCAAAUGUUGGAGACAGGAACGCACGUCCGGUGCUCCCGUGCAAGCUGCCGGGAGCAGCUGAAUGCUGUGUGAUUAGCUCCAUUUGGGAGAGGCGUUCGUUGUAAUCAAGUUGUAUUUCCAAGGGUUUGCAGCCCAGUUGUUUUUCCAGCUUGCACCAGCUGGGUGUUGGCACUGCCUCACCCAAACUUCAGAUUACGAAACAUCACGGCCAAUUUGCAAACUGCUGUAAGAAAAAGCCUUGCAUUUCAUUAUGCUUUUGGUUCUUCCUGAUGCUCCCUGUGUCUGUCAUGUUUGAAUCCUUCCUGUGUCGAACUUCAAGAAAAGGGCAUUGGUGAAUAGUUAAUGCUGGAUGAUCAGUCAGUGAUUCUGCCGUUUCCAAGAGGCCACUUCAGGCUGCCGCCCCCCCCGCCGCUGCCCCCAGGACUUUAGCUGUGAGUUUGCAGUUGUGCCUUGGUGGCAGGGAUUUCAGCUCUUGGGUCACGCCACGCUGGGGGCGCCUUCUUCCUUGCCUGCGUGAGGCAGAGAGGGCGCUCUGUGCGUGAGGGUUUGGCCGUGGUGGGCAAUUCCUCUGCAGCCGGGAGGACCGCUCCCUGCCCCAGGGAGCAACGGCUGUGGGAAAUACCGAGCUACCAGUGUUUCCAAACCAAGCUUGUGUCCGCUCACCAGACGCGCAGCAAAGCCAGUCUACCGACGUGAGGUUGCAGUGAAGGGAAAUACAGUGUCUACUGCAGGGCCAAGCAUGGAGAACAGGCAGCACGUGCUCAGAAGACCCAAACUCCCUGCUGGCUUUCAGGGAGGGCUUUUAAAGACAAGGCUGCUUACUCGAGGAUGGACUGUGCACACCCUCUGAGACCUGCGUGAACGAUGGAGCGUUUGGACGGUGUCAGGAGCUUCCAGCCGUAGACGUGCACCACUACGAAGUGUCGCCAGGGGUCCUGCAGCACCUGACAGCCACCCUGAGGGCGCUCUCCCGCACAGGUCUCACGUGGCAGGAUGGCUACACCCAGCACGUGAUGGCGCGGGAGCUCGCCAGCCUUCCCCAGACCUCCCCGCGACGCCCAGAGGCCUCCGGCGCCGCCAGGAGCUCAAAGCAGAGUGUCCAGGACAAGCGGAGCCUCAGCCUGGAGGGCGACGUGCUGGCCGAGGCCCUUCAGCGCUACCUGCCCUACCUGGAGGCCCUGUCCCAGGCCGCCGUCCCUGAUGUGCUCCCCGGGCUGAAGCCGGACAGGCCGCCGGCCCAGGGUGAGGACCCCCCGGCCGACAGCGUGCUGACCUUCAUGGCCCGGACGUCCGCCCUGACCUAUGCCCCCGCGUCCCGGGCCGAUUUCCCCGGGGACCGCCCGCUGCGCACGCUCCGCAGGCUCCAGCCCGACGAGCUCAGCCCCAAGGUGGCCGGCGGCGCGGACAGGCAGAGUCUGGUCGCCGCACUGGGUGCCUACGCGGCCCGGAAGCCCCCCGCGCCCCCCAGGGAUGGCGACCCCGCAACCCGCAAGCUCGUGCGCGCGCCCUGGCGAGAGCCCAGGGUCCUUUCGGCACCGGCGGCCCCCCAGAAAUGGCCCUCGCCUCCGGACCCCAGGGACGCCCUGGGCACGGACGACGGGGCACGUGUUCAGGCUCUGCUGAAGGACCUGCGGGAGCGCCCAGGCAGCGUGGAGGGUCUGAGCGCCCUCGAUGUGGCCGAGGCAGGCCGUGCGAUAGCGAGCGCGAUGCCAGGCGGGCGCGCGGAAGGGGAGCAGGACGGCGCCGGGAGAGGCGGCGGAGGGCCGAGAGGCCAGGCGGGCCGCUCGGGGGCCGUGCGCCACAGAGACGGCGUGCCAGAUAACAGAGUGCGAGACGGCGGUGCAGGAUUUUACCAGGAGGUCAGCCGUUUGGGCGUCAAACUCGGGGACCUCCUGCAGGGUCCUGGGUCUCCAUUCCUGCCUGGAGCCCCCCAUCUUGCCGGGUCUUUCAAGACGGAGAUCAAGAAAUCGGAGGACCCUGAGGCCUCCCCAUCUUCAGAGGAGGAUCGCGUUGGGGUGGAGAACAUAAAGAGUCAGACCUACUCCAAGGAGCUGCUGCAAAGGCCGCUGCACCCGGAGCCGGGGCCGGGCGGACUUGGGGCAUCGCAGCUCUGGGCUCCGGCGGCCCCGCAGGAGGACCAGCGCCCCGGCGCCGGGGCCCGGGGACCCCCCGGCCCAGGCCUGCGGCUGGAAGUCCAACCUCCCCAGGAGGAGUACGGCUACAUUGUGACGGAAAACGACCCGCUGAGCCCAGAGAAGGGGACGGAGGUGCUGGAGGACGUGGCGCGUCUCCUGGACAUGCCGGCGGGCGUCUUCUCGGACAUCGCGGUCUCGGGACCAGCGGUGACCUUCAGGGUGCGCGCCAACCUCCAGAACGUGACAGCGGCGGACGCCGCGAAGGCGGCAGUUGACAACAAGGACCAACUGGAAAAAAUGUCUGGACUGAGAGUUCUUCGGACCGGCGUCGGCUCGAAAAGCAAACCCAAGCUUCUGCCUCACCAGGCAGAACGAGAGGACUCGACCAAGUUCAUCGUGCUCACUCUGGUCUCCGUCGUCGCCAUCGUGGCGGUCCUGCUGGCGUCCGGCGUCAUCUACUGCCUACGACACAGCUCUCAGUACAGGCUGAAGGAGAAGCUCUCGGGACCUGGGGGCGACCCGGACCCUGAUGCCACCAACGCCUACCAGGAGCUGUGCCGGCAGCGCAUGGCCGCGCGCCCGUCCGAGCGCCCGGAGACCGCGCACACGUCCCGCGUCAGCAGCGUGUCCUCCCAGUUCAGUGACGGGCCGAUGCCCAGCCCCUCCGCGCGGGGCAGCACCUCGUCCUGGUCGGAGGAGCCCGUGCAGCCCAACAUGGACAUCUCCACCGGCCACAUGGUCCUGGCCUACAUGGAGGACCACCUGAAGAACAAGAACCGCCUGGAGAAGGAGUGGGAGGCUCUGUGUGCCUACCAGGCCGAGCCCGACAGCUCGCUCGUGGCGCAGAGGGAGGAGAACGCGCCCAAGAACCGCUGCCCCGCAGUGCUCACCUACGACCACUCCCGGAUCCGGCUGAAAUCAGAGAACAGCCACGGCAGCUCUGACUACAUCAACGCCAGCCCCAUCAUGGACCACGACCCCAGGAAGCCCGCGUACAUCGCCACCCAAGGACCGCUGCCCGCAACCGUGGCCGACUUCUGGCAGAUGGUGUGGGAGAGCGGCUGUGUGGUCAUCGUCAUGCUGACCCCCCUCUCGGAGAACGGCGUCAGGCAGUGUUACCACUACUGGCCAGACGAGGGCUCCAACCUCUACCACGUCUACGAGGUGCAUCUGGUCUCUGAACACAUCUGGUGCGAGGAUUUCCUCGUGAGGAGCUUUUAUCUGAAGAACCUUCAAACCAACGAGACUCGCACGGUGACGCAGUUCCACUUCCUGAGCUGGUAUGACCAGGGAGUGCCUGCCUCCACGAGGUCCCUUCUGGAUUUCCGCAGAAAAGUAAACAAGUGCUACAGGGGCCGUUCUUGUCCAAUAAUUGUCCACUGCAGUGACGGCGCGGGCAGGAGCGGCACCUACAUCCUGAUCGACAUGGUUCUCAAUAAGAUGGCCAAAGGCGCUAAAGAGAUCGACAUCGCCGCGACGCUGGAGCACUUGAGGGACCAGAGGCCACGCAUGGUUCAGACAAAGGAGCAGUUCGAGUUUGCGCUGACGGCCGUGGCCGAGGAGGUGAACGCCAUCCUCAAAGCCUUUCCCCACACCCAUCCACAUUCUUAACCGCAAUCAUGUCGUACUGAUGGUGCAGUCAGCGUGGUCCCCGGAAUAGAGUUGGCUCGUGACCUGUCGCUUCCUGAAGGAGUGUCAGCUGUGCAGGGCGGGGCCCGGAGAGGCCAUGAGGCGCCGAAUGGAGGCCGCCGGCUGUAAGAAGCUCAGUCGGCGUUUGUCUCGCCAACAGUUUAUCACUGGAGACACCGCGGCUUAUUCAGGAGUUAGGUGGACAGGAUGGUGACGUUCUGCAGCUUUGGGGCAGAUAAUAAGAAAGUCGUCCCAGCUCUUCGUGUGAUCCCGCCGCUCAACAGCCUCCCCGCCCAGCACUGUCGACAGCCCCUCCCGACCUUCCACCCCCGAGGAUGGGCAGGGCCGCUGGGGGCAAAUGCUUUCCCACCCAGAGUGCCUGCUCCCAGGCUAGCCACCGCAGGGACGCCUCACCUGGGCAAGGUAGGGGGCGAGCCCCAAACUCCAGACACGGUUAUGAACUACAAAUAGGGAUUUACACAGACGCAGCUAAACGCUUCCCUGCAGGGCGACCAAAAUCAGAGGGGGUGCGGGGCAAAGCUGGGCACUCGGCCGGCUCCCGGCAGGCACCCGUGGUCCCCUCUCCGGGAAGGCUCGGGCCCUGCUGGCGUCCAGAGAAGACCAGGGGUGCUUUCACCAUGGGAGGAACGCAGGGAGACCCGCAUUUUUUUUGCUUUUUACCCACGUGGGAUCAUAGCAGCUGGGGAAGAGGGAUGGCCCGGGCUCCCCCCAGGGCCCAGACUGUUCUUCUCUUUGCCUGCCCCCUUGUCUGAUGUCACGGAGACACACACAUCUAGCAACGAUCUGGAUUUGCCAAAAUACCACUUGAGCGCCAAAUGUACCACCCCCGCCCCGAAACAGAGAAUGCACUUCCUUAAACUGAAGACGUGUAAACAUCUGGGAAGGUGUGCAGGCGGCCCUGGGUGUCGCUGGGCUCGUUUUAGGGAACAAGACGCUCCCCGGUCACCCUGGUACCUCUGCUUCCCGUGCUGCACACCGUUCUUUCCAUCUUAAAUAGGUGUUACAUCUCAGAAGACAGGAGAAUAGGGAAAGCGGCCGGCUGAAUGGGGAGAAAAAUGCCAAAAUGUUGUUUGUGUCUUUAAAUGGUGUUGUCAUGUAUAUCUGCUUUAAUAUCUAUAAUUUCUUUCCCAACGUUGUUUCUCUCUAUCUGGAAUCUAAAUAAUUAAUAGAAACUAGUUUAUCUGAAUAUAGGAAGCAUAUACCUACUUGUAAUUUCUAACUUCUUAUGUUUCUUCAGUGUGAGAUAUAUAAAUAUAUUUAAUUGUGUCCGAUUAAACUUCUGGUUUCACA